AUGAUGAUUAGUGACGGAUAUGGCCCAGCUUCUCAUACGUUUGCUCGUACCUUCUAUCAAACUCUGCAUCGCAACUCAAGUGACAAUCCUGAUGGCGUUCCACCUUUCAACUGGGGCUUCCCUCUGGACAAGGCCUUGGUUGGAAGUCACAGAUCUCGAUCUUCAGACUCUCUCAUCACGGACAGUGCAGCCGGCGCAACUGCCUUUUCCUGUGGGCUCAAGAGCUACAAUGGCGCCAUCGGAGUCGACUCGGCAGGCACGCCAUGUGGAACCGUUUUUGAGGCUGCAAAGGAAAAGGGCUACCUUACUGGUGUAGUCGUCACAUCUCGAUUGACCGAUGCUACGCCAGCGGCAUUCUUUGCCCAUGCCUCUUCGAGAGCACUCGAAUCCGCCAUUGCUGCACAGAUGCUAGAGAAGCCGUAUGAAGGCGGAGAGCGGACUAUUGACCUCGCCAUUGGAGGUGGAGGCUGCUGGUUCUAUCCCAGCAGCCAUCCUGAGUCUUGUCGUACUGACAAUAGGGAUCUCAUCUCAGAAGCGAGGCAGCAAGGCUGGGACGUCCGCGAGCCUCCCAGCAGCGAUAAGGGCGCGGCUGAAGUAAAGGGACCUCAUGGCGAACAAAAGAUAGCGACUAGCGCGACAUCGUUCAAUACCUCUUACGACCUGCAGGGCCAGUCUGGAGAGCUUCCCUUCCUCUCACUCCUGACAUCCUCGAACACCCCAUACGUGAUCGAUGUUCCAUCAGACUCGAAAGGGCGGGCCGCCUUCCCAACUCUAUCGCAGCUAGCUGAGCAAGCUAUAACGCUUCUAGCAGACAACGCUCGAAGCAAGGCUUCAGCUUCGAAGAAGUCUCAGCGCAAAGGAUUUAUGCUCAUGAUCGAAGGAUCGCAGAUCGAUCUAUGCCAGCAUCAAAACGAUCCGGCCUGCAUGGGCCGAGAGGCCAUUGCGUACCAAGAAGCUGCAGGGAGGGUGAUGCAGUUGGUCGACGAACUCAAUGCAAAGGGCGAGAAGACCAUUUUGAUCUCUACAUCGGAUCAUGAGACUGGCGGGCUGACACUGGGAAGGCAAAUCGGAAAUGAUUACCCAGAGUACCUGUGGUACCCUGAAAGGCUCACCGGCGUGCAACACUCUGGAGAUGUGCUUUCUGCAAAGCUAUUGGAGUACUACCGCACUGGACCUGGGGCAAGAUCUCUUCGUCAAUUCGUCGUGGGUCAUAUUUUGGGACCAGAAGGUGGGCUCGGUUUCGGAGCCGGGACAAGCGGUGGGGAGAUCACUGAAGGGGAGAUCAGUCGAGUCCUUGAAUGUCUCCCCUCGUCGAGAUCAAUGGUUGUACCGCCCAUCGACAAUGAUGACGAGUGCAGAAAGGCAAUCGUUGACGUCGCCAGUCGCAGAGCAAAUAUCGGCUGGACAACGAGCGGUCAUACCGGAGUGGACAUUCCAGUCUUUACGCAUGGAGGAGCAGCUCUGGGUGAAGGGCUACAUGGCAUCAUCGAGAACACUGAUAUCGGCAAGUACAUAUCAAAGCUCCUGGAUCUAGAUCUCAAAUCCAUCUCUCGGAAGUUGAAUGUGAAGUAG